GGUUCAAUGUGACCCUGGCUCAAUGUGAGUCUGGUUCAAUGUGAGUCUGGUUCAAUGUGAGUCUGGUUCAAUGUGAGUCUGGUUCAAUGUGAGUCUGGUUCAAUGUGAGUCUGGUUCAGUGUGAGUCUGGUUCAAUGUGAGUCUGGUUCAAUGUGAGUCUGGUUCAAUGUGAUUCUUGUUCAAUGUGAGUCUGGUUUAAUGUGAGUCAUGUUCAAUGUGAGUCUGGUUCAUGUGAAUAUGGUUCAGUGUGAUUCUGGUUUAAUGUGAGUCUGGUCCAAUGUGAGUCUUGUUCAAUGUGAGUCUGGUUUAAUGUGAGUCUGGUUCAAUGUGAGUCUUGUUCAAUGUGAGUCUGGUUUAAUGUGAGUCUGGUUCAAUGUGAGUCUGGUUUAAUGUGAGUCUGGUUCAAUGUGAGUCUUGUUCAAUGUGAGUCUGGUUUAAUGUGAGUCAUGUUUAGGGCUGAACGAUUAAUCGAAUCGCAAUCGCGAUGUGAGACGUUGCGAUCUGCUAAUCGCAAGAGGCUGCGAUGUGGAAACGAUGUGAAAUAUAGGAAACGGGUCUGUUCCAAGCCCGCUUUGAGUGGCAUUCUUGCUAACCAACAGAGUGAGCGCACCUCCGUUAUGCCUAAUCAAAAAAAAAAAAAAGCGGGAGAGAGAGAGAGUGUGUUAUUAUGGCAUCUGCAGAGUCAGAUCGAUCAUGUUAGGCAAAUAAAUACUAAAGAACCAUCCAAUUCAGAAGACCGCACACACAGCCUGUGUUAUACUCGCUCUCUUCCCCGCGUUGCGCGUCUUGCGGACGAGCCGUUUAAACUUGAUCCGCACACAUAGCCUGUUUCAUACUCGCGCGACUCUUCCCCGUGUUGCGCGUCUCGCGGACGAGCCGUUUAAACUUGAUGCGCACACAUAGCCUGUUUCAUACUCGCGCGACUCUUCCCCGUGUUGCGCGUCUCGCGGACGAGCCGUUUAAACUUGAUGCGCACACAUAGCCUGUUUCAUACUCGCGCGACUCUUCCCCGUGUUGCGUGUCUCGCGGACGAGCCGUUUAAACUUGAUGCGCACACAUAGCCUGUUUCAUACUCGCGCGACUCUUCCCCGCGUUGCGCGUCUCGCGGACGAGCCGUUUAAACUUGAUGCGCACACAGCCUGUUUCAUACUCGCACGUCUCUGCCCCGCGUUGCGCGUCUCGUGGACGAGCCGUUUAAACUUGAUGCGCACACACAGCCUGUUGCCUUGACGCACGCACCCUGUGUCAACUCACGCCUAGCUCCGUGUUUCAAACAAAUGUAAAUUCUAUCUAACUGUUUUGCUAAUUUCACUUGGAUGAAAUUAAACAUUCAGCACAUUUUCUACUUGUUUUAAAAAAUCACACAUACUUAAAAAAUAGUAAAUCAGCCUAUGUAACCUAUGAACUAUUUUAAUAAUUCACUAACACAAUAGAAAAUGUUAUGGAUUUAAGGGUUACAAUGGGAGUUGUAUUUGUUUUAAUGGAAACUAUAAUAGUGUACACUGGUAUUUGGAUUCUAUUGGUGUGAUGUAAUCUUGAAGCUGGGAACCAAUUGAACAACAGUAAGCCCGAUUUGAAUAAUGCCCAAAACACACUACAAAAAUGAAUUUUGUAAUGGUUUUAAUGGAAACAAUUAAAAUUUCUGUAAUGUUUUUUUGUUGUUUUCUUUCAGCAGGGUAAUUAUACCCAUACUGUGCUCCACACAACAGCAUUGAGCUGAAGCUUGAAUUAGAAAAGUUAAAAUCGCAAAUCAAAUCGCAAUCGCAAUGUCUGUCAAAAAAAUCGCAAUUAGAUAUUUUCCCCAAAUCGCACAGCCCUAGUCAUGUUCAAUGUGAGUCUGGUUCAUGUGAAUAUGGUUCAGUGUGAUUCUGGUUUAAUGUGAGUCUGGUCCAAUGUGAGUCUGGUUCAGUGUGAGUCUGGUUUAAUGUGAGUCUGGUUUAAUGUGAGUCUGGUUCAAUGUGAGUCUGGUUCAAUGUGAGUCUGGUUCAAUGUGAGUCUGGUUCAAUGUGAGUCUUGUUCAAUGUGAGUCUGGUUCAAUGUGAGUCUGGUUUAAUGUGAGUCUUGUUCAAUGUGAGUCUGGUUCAUGUGAAUAUGGUUCAAUGUGAGUCUGGUUCAUGUGAGUCUUGAUGGUGGAUGUUUUACCUGUUGAAGGCAGACAGCAGAGGAGGAUGAGCAGGAGUCCAUUAGACUUCAUCACGAUGACAGUUUUCUCUUCUUGAGCUCAGUUGUUUUAUGUUUUAUGCUUCAGUUGUUUUAUCUGAUGCUUCAGUUCACUCAGCAGCACACAUCAAGCAAAGUGUUGUGGUUUUUAACACCUGUCACUGAAUAUUAUUGAGUGAAAUGAAUCAGAAAUUUGUUUUUGCUGUACUGUUAUCCGGAGCUGAAAACACUAUGAUACUGAGUGAGCUUUGACUCUCCACCCUAACACUUUCAUUUCAUUUAGUAGUGAGCACAUGAGGGCUGAGCUGGAAUCAAUGCUGCUGUCACACUGAAUUAAAUAACAGCAAUCUUGUGACACAAGUGUGACACAGUAAACACAAAUGCUUCACCGGUGAUUAUAACACAUACACACACACACACGCUUUGGUUGACUAUCCCUGUGGGGACAGUCCAUAGGCGUAAUGUUUUUUAUACUGUACAAACUGUAUAUUCUAUCCCCUAUCCCUAAACCUAAAGAUCAUAGAACACUUUUUGCAUUUUUAGAUUUGUAAAAAAUAUUGUUCUGUACAAUUUAUAAGCUUUUGUGCCCAUGAGGACCUCAAUUUUGGUCCCCACGGUGACACGAGUCCCCAUGUGUUGGUGUGUAUUCAGGUUUAGGUCGCCACCGGGAUAUACAAACAUGAACACACACACAGGAUGGGGACUUGUCAUAGACUUAAAUUGUUUUUAUACUGAGCUAAAUCAUUGGUAUUUUCCACCCUCUACCCCUACACUUACAUGUGGUUUUAACACAAAUAAUACUAUGGUUACUGUAGUAAAAUUAUGUUUUUACCAAUGGUAAUCUACUGUAUAUGCCAAAAACAUGGUUCCUUCGCAAAUAAACUCAUGGGGUAAACCAAAAGCCUGACACAGACCUUACUGCACACAUAUAAACAGUGAUGCUUGUUGUGUUUUUAUUUUUGUUAGAGAAAAGAUUAACAGAUGGUCUGUUCUUAAUUCUCUCUCUCUCGUCGAAUGUUAAACUCAUUGUGAAAGACACUCGAAAACGGAGGUAGUUUUACACAUUUAUGUUUGUAAUUGUAACUGUAAAUUGAGUUCACUCAUGCGCUUUUGGUGCUGUUCCUCGUGAGAGGUGGAGACAAACUUCAAUGCUGUAGUGUAGAGGGCACUUUAACAUCUGUGUUUUCACUCUGAUCAUUCAUCACGUGUGUGUGUGCGCGUGCGCGGUUGACCCACAUAUCAAACGGGAGGAUUAGCGAACAGAUGCAGGACUGGAUUAAUUUAUUUAUUCUCUCUUUAACUCUAGAGUGAGGAGAGAGAUAAAAGGCCUGAGGCGCUGCGCAGGACAAUCGGUUUAUGAUACCAAAGUAUCGCGAGAGAGAUUCGAAGGCUGAGUUCUUUCCGAUCGCUCUCGCGAUACUUUGAUGUCAUUGGCCGAUCGAUUUGCUCAUCGCCAAACUCCGUGAAGAGCGAGAGAGAUGGAGGUGUGGCAGUGAGAACAGGACGGUUUCUGAUUCAGACACGCACAGUAAAACAGCUAUACACAGUCAUCAUGGCCAACAUUCAUCCGUAUGGCUGCUUCACUCAUGCCGUGGUCAGAGCUAUCCCAGAAUCCUUUGGGAAGUUGUCCGAGGGUGGAGAUGGAGUUGAGAUGGAUCUUGCGAAGGCUCAGCGUCAGAUGGGGGUUCUUACGGGAACGCUGAGACAGAAGGUGGGACUCCAGCUCAUCGAGAUCCCUGCAGAUUCAGAGCUGCCCGAGAGCUGGAGGAUGGAGGACAUGGCUGUGAUUCAGGGCGACACGGCGCUCAUCACUCGACCCUUUAAACAGCAGAGACGCAGUGAGGCCGAGGCGGUGCGGCGGGUCAUGAGCGAUUUGGGUCUGACGGUGGUUGAGAUGGGUGAUGAGGAGGGAGGGUCUGGCGGGGCGACUCUAGAGGGAAGUGACGUGCUCUUCACAGGAAAAGAAUUCUUUGUGGGCAUUUCUAAACACACAAAUCACCGGGGAGCUGAAGUUCUGGCCGACACCUUCAGGGAUUUUGCCGUGUCCACUGUGCCGGUGUUUGGAGGUUCUCGUCUGAAGAACAUCUGCUCUAUGGGCGGUCCUGAUACCAUCAUCAUCAGUGACAGUGAUGGAGCCAAAAAAACCCUGCGAAUGAUGGAGCAGCUCACCGAUCAUCACUAUGACAUCUUGUCAGUCUCUGAAGAUGCAGCUGCUAACUGCGUGUACAUCAGAAGUCCAGCUAAAGUGAAUUAUCUCCUUCAUCCCACAGCAGACGAGUGUCCCAACAGCAUCCCUGUUUUCCAGCGGUUGACUGACUACACUCUUCUGCCCACGGCCUGCAGUGAAGCGGUUAAACUCAGGGGGGCGCUGUCAUCUCUCUGUCUCCUCAUCAACAAGAAACAUAACUAUUAAACAACAAUCACAUCAUCAUCUUUUACCUUGUUUACAGAUAACGCUUUAAACUCAGAGACAGAAAUAUGUGGAACAUGUUUAAUGUGACGUGUUCAGUUUAAAUAUGAGCGUGGCCUUUUAAAGUUUGAUAAUAAACAGACCUGUGUAGUGAGGUGAACACACUCUUGAUGUGUUUAGUUGACAGCUGGUUAGACAUGAUGUGGUGCAGCAGAAUUCGUCUGCACUAUAGUGUUUCAACAAACAGAUGAACCAUUACAUGUUAUAUUCAACGCCCAUAUUUCUGAUGUUUUGAAAGCAUUUUCAGUAUAUGCAAACAUGGCAUUCAUUCAUGAGAAGUCUUCCGGUUAUGGGAUAUAAACAUGCCAUGUUUUUUUUUACUAUAACGUCAUAUAUGAAUGAUGUCAGUAAUAAGACAAUACACAAACCCCCACCGACAGCAGGAAUAAGGUUGAUGAGGCUUUAUUUGCAUGAAUGACGAUCAGCUACAGUUGAAUCAUCAUGCAGCAUCAUCGAUCACAUUUAUAAAACUGACAGAUCAUUCAAAAUGUUUUCUAGAUUCUUCACGAGGACAACCGCUACUAGUGGGCUUUUCAGUGAUCCUAGAUGGGAAUAAAACUCUUUUGUAAGCAUCACCAUUCUGGAAUAAAGCCAGCGGUGUUUUCAUGUAUUAAGAUUUCAUACCAAGUCGGCGCUUGGGUCUGUGCACUAACCACACGACAAGUUUGAUUCCUGUCUCAAAUGUCCUUCACUUUCCUGUCUGCUCUCGUCUACCCUGUCCCAAUAAAGGAAAAAGCCUCUAGAAUAUAACAAAGAUUGUACAUAAAAACUGAAUAAAAGCAAUGAAUCAUAAACGUUUAUGGUCAACAGCUCUUCCUGUAGGUUUUAUUCAAAAUUACUGAAAUGUUAAACAGUCUCAUUUUUAAAUGGUCAAAAAUAUAAAUCACCGCACUAUACCACACCGAUAUAUAUACACAGGGUUGGGCGGGUUACUUUACAAAUUACUUAAUCAAAAAUGUAAUAGUAUCAUAAUAUACAAGUAAUUUAUUACGACUGCUGUUGGAUUACUUUAGGUAAAUAACAUGAUUUAAAAGUCUUUUCAUUUACACAGAAGCAAGACGGCGUCGAAAUAGUCUUGAGGUGGCUCAAAGCACAAUAUCAGAUGAAAGAGAUCAACAGGAACUUGCUGCUAGAUUAAAAUGAAAUCACUUUUUAUUUUAAUACUGAUUAUCAAUGUCAAUUAACACAACACACUUAUUUUUAUAGGCUAUGUACAUAAAAAAACAAGCUGAGAAGCGAUAUAGAAAUUGGUUGCACAUCUCAAAAACACCUUACAAUUCCACAUUUAAAAACAAUUACUUUAGUUUUGAAACUAUUGUAAUCCUGAUGGUAAACUAAUUGUAACUAUAAACAGAUUAUUUUGUUUUCUCAUGUAACUGUAACGGAUUACAAUUACUAAAUUUUUGUAUCCCGAUUACUGUAAUCCUGUUACUCCCCAACACUGCACACACAUUACAUCACCUACAGUCUGGUAGUUGAUGCUCGAUGUCUUCAGCUGCAGUUCCUUCAUUAACAUCUAAAAACAUUACAGAACAUCCGUCACAUCACCUGACAGUCACACAGAAACACAUCAAAGGUUUAGAAUAAACAAAACACUAAACGCACGUUUUAACUCUUCAACCUAAAGUUCCAUAUUUAGAAGCUGUGAAUUUAAGAUGAAAGGUUUCUCAAGAGCAGCUGAAUGAAAUCUCACUCUCAUAAACACUUAUGUGAAAUACUGUUUUUCUAGAAUCAGCUGAAGGUCAUGUCAUGUAUUAAUGCCUUCAGAAGUCUUGUGUACCUUUGAUACAGUUUGAUGUCAUUCCUGCAUCAUGUGCAGAACACAGACUAAUAUUAUACACAGGGUUGCACAAGUGGUGCGCGACCAAAAUUCAACAUGGUUGAAACCUUUGAUGCACAAUCACUGUUUUAGACCGACUAAAUGUAAUACUGGAUAAGAUUUCCGUUUGUACUGAAUGCUGCUAAAACUACUGAUAUCUCUUUUGUUCCCGGUGAUAAACGGGACCUGGGUGUAAAUGAUGAAAAACGGAGUAUUGGUAGCGCUGCCUUUGUUGGUUCUGCUUUCGUGACUAGAGAAGCACGCGGGCGGCGCGCGCAGCCUCUGUGAAUGACUGGAACUGCGCUGCGCUGCGCGUCUCCCAAAACACCGCUUCUCUUAAACUUUCUAAGAGGACAAGCUGUUUAAACUUGACACUUGCACGCAUCUUGUGUUUCUCUGCUAUACUCGAUCCCAGCUCCGCACCGCAAGUCUCCAUGUGCGCUCGCAAGGGCACUUCCCAGCAA